GAAGCAAGACCACCAGAUGAACGUGGUGGAGAAAGCAAGAUCGUAGAAGUGUUCAAUCGAACGAAGAGCAUCAUAGAAGCAGUGUGCUCAGCGGCGCACGCAUAGAAAGCCUGGUGCAGACGUUCCUCAAAGCGCAACCACCAGCAACUAAAUAAAGCAUCGUUCCUCCUUUUCAUUCAAAACCCCCCGUGGAAACAAAGCACAAGUACAAAAGAAAAGCGAGCAGCGAGAAGCACUUCGUCGCCUAAAAAAAAAAAAUAGAUAUCUUGCGAUGCCGUUUACCUUUAAGCUGCACGAGCCACCGUGCGACGUGGCGUUUCUCUCCAUUGUCGACGGCGAGGCCCUGUACAACGCCGACAACGCUCGCACACGCGACGUGAAGGAGGCGACGAUCCGCCAAAUCGGCUGGCACCGCGUCGAACUGCCGCAGGAAUGGUUCCUCUCCCAGCGAGCCCGCGAAACCACCACGCACAUGCUGGAGGCGAUGCAGUGCACCCUGCAGUACCUGCGCUACCGCGGUAAAAGCGAAGAAAAGCGCAGCAUCAGACUAGCCGCCACCCUGCAGCGCUGCGAGGAGGAGCGCGCGGCCGCCUUUGAGGAGCUGAUCGAAUUGCGCGAGACGGUCGCCCUUUACAAGAAGAAGCUGCGAGAGAUGAGUCAGGGCACGAAGAGAGGGGCGCCCUCCCCAGUAACGCACUCCGAGGGGCUGCAGUGCGCUUUUUGCGAAAACUGCUACCCCAGUCGCCACGCCCUUGAGUCGCACUUCCGCAAGCGCCACAAGCGUUCUUCCGGGUAUGCCGCCAUGGCUGCAGCGGCGGCCGCCGUAGCACAGAAGCAGCAACAGCAAGAAGUCAAAGAUGAGGCGCUCACCCCACGCAGUCCGUCGAAUCUCCCUUUCAUGGGCCAGCGGAGUCCACCGCCUUCCGGAUCCACCACCAGUCCCCCAGGCGUGGAAAGCCGUGGUGAUCUCAGUCUGCGCGAGGAGCUGAGUGAGCUGCGCCUCAGCGUCGCGAAGCUGUUGACGCAGCAGGCGGAGUUCUAUCGCGGGAUGUCACCGUCGUGCAUGGCCGCCGUGCCGAUGCCAACUGCCACAGCACCAGGUGACGCCCCCGCAGUCACCAGAACGACUCCGGUCGCAACAGGGCCUCUCCCAGGUUUGCCUUCGAGCCCGCACGCAAGUAAGGAGGAGGAGAGCGCGCUGCUGCGGUGGCUCGCGCAGGAUGUGUCGGAGCGAAAGGAACGCCGUGGUGGGGCCGAGCCACACGCUGCACAACGCGGUACGGAGAACAACGCAACGGAAGGAAAUGAAGAGACGCCUUCUCGCCCGCCAGCGGACGUGACCGCACGUGUGCGGACGUAUCCAACGCUGGACCCUAGGAGCUUCCUGCACUCCAGCGGGAGCGACAGCGUGCUCGGCGGCGGCGGCGGGACCGGUGUCGGGGCGCGACGCGGGAGUACCAUGGACAGCUACGUGGAGGUGUCACCUAUGUCGCCAUCGCCCUCGCUGGCGCAGCACGCCAAUUCGCGUGAGAAGAAGAAAAACCGCACACGGAGGAAACAUGGCAAACCCGCUGCAGAAACUGCCGUUCUCGCUGCGGGAUUUACGGCGCUCGCACAAGGUGGCAGUGAGGGCAUUCACGGCAGCGUCGGUCUUCCGAGUGCGUUGCUCGAGAGGCAGAGACUUGCAGGGUUGCACGAAGCGCAUGGCGUAGCUUCCCUCCUUUCAUCCUCUGCCCAAGUCCUCAUCGUCUCAUCGGAGCACGGCUCGUUUAGCGGCGAAUCGACUGCCUCUAGCAGCAUCCGUCCUGCCCUUGACGCGACGCACACGCCUCCGGCGGGAAAUGGCAGUCCGCCGGCGCCUGUCUCACCGGAGAAUGCGAAGCUGCUGGCGUACGGCCCCGACACUGACAGCCCCAUGGUGCGGCUGCCGUCAUCGACGGACGCCCUGACGCGUGGGUCGUCGGAGCCGAACUCGCCGUCCGCCAACCGGUACGGCACGCCCUCGCCGCCAGAUAGCGGAGAGACGUCUCACAUUGCGAGCAUCGGUCUGUCGGCUGGUGGUCCGACGGGAACGUCUGCUGCUGGUGCGGCUGCUUCUGCGCAGUUCAAGACUCGUCCCGCUCCACAGGCAGUGAAGCCGCUCUCGCCGGUGUCAACGCAGCAGGGUGUCUCUAAUAUGAUGCUACUCAAGAAGACGUACGGGCCCGUGCCGUCGGUGCCCAUCUUGCGAGUUCCCUCCAGCUCCAGCUCCAGCUCCAGCUCCCUCCCCUCUACCGACGAGCGCGAAACAAACCUCGCUUUGCCGUCUCCGCAAGGUGGAAGCGGCAUCGUUUCUGCUGUGAGUGCCGGUCGCACAGGGGGCGUCGUACGCACUGACACCACCACACCGCGACGUCGCGUGCCGGACACGUCCUCGCCUCACCCGGGAGUGCAGAGCCCCACGCAGACACCUCGUUUUGGCAGCACACCGCCCACGACGCGUGUGGCGCCGAUUCCGGCGCUCAAUCUCAGUGCGGUCAGUGUGCACAGCAGCACUGACCAACCGCGGCGCUCCGACUCGCCGUCUGUCAGCCGUGCCAGUCAUCGACACGGUGACGCGGCGGAACGGCAAGCGCAGCGUGCGAGCGCGACGGAUGCCGUCGUGCAGGCAUCCUUGAACUCGUCCACUGGCGCGCUGCAAGCCGGCUUUACGCCGGCAACACAGGCGCCAACGCAGAAGGCUAUUCCUGUGGUGCACCUCGUACCGGCGACAUCGCUCGAGUCGGACGAGCUUGGAAAGCACGCGAAUGGAGAUGAGAAAAGUGACAGCAGCGGUGACGCUUCGGUGUCGUCGUUUUCCAAGGUGCCUGCUGGUACGCAACCCGAACGCGUGCGGUCUGACGCUGGACAGUCCGUAAUGCAGACGCGGCGACGGCAGAGUGCGGAGGAAGUGCUCAGAGCAUCGGACGCCUCGUACUCCGUGGAUGCGCAGCUUUAUGCCCCGUCUGAUGCAGAGCAAGAGGAAGAAGACGCACUGGACGCUGAUCAGCACGAGGCGUACAUAGACAAUGCCAGUGAUCAUCUCCCCGAGGACAUCACUGUCGAUCCACUCGGCAGCGUGUUGUCGCAGGAUGUGGACGUCGAUGGAGACGAUCAGGUGGACCGUGAUCCCAUCAUGGAAGACGUACUGACGAACGACCUCGUGCCAGCUGAGCCACUUGGCCCUUUGUUCGGCACCUACCCAGCCCCCAUGCGUCGGCAGGUGGCGGACACCGCUUCGGACGGCAGUGAGGAGGAGGAUGUGGUCGAUGCGGGUGGUGACGUGCGCUCUGCCGAAGACGCCUCUGCGCUGCAUUCGAGCGACGCAGAACACCGCAACCCCCAACACGCCGUAGAGUCCGGCAGUGGCGGCAGCAGUGAGGAAGUGGCGAAAAACGCAGCGGACAAGGCGGAGAGCGCCUCGGGUGACUAUUCUUAUUAUACCGACUCCUACGACGACGAUGAGGGGAGCAAGGAGUCCGAGGAGGGAGAGUGGGAAGCGAAGAACAGCAGCGGUGGAAAGCUCGACAUGGAGAGCAGCAAGUUCUCGUUGGGCACGCCGGUUGUGGCGCCGCCGAUGGCGGUGAGUCCAACGGUGGCGUCCAGCCGAGGAGGCGACCGCUUUUACUCCCCCGCACAAGCAGAAGCGCACGUGGAGAAGAAGCCGCACAAGCGGGGUAAGGAGACGGCAGCCGCGACCCCCGGCCGGGAAAGCGGUCGACGCUCGUCGUCCGAGCUGCUGCGUGGCUCGAGCACCGAGAUGACCCGCAGCGAGGAGCUGGCCUCGGUGCCUCCUGCGCGCAGCACAUCAUUUCAAUCCAACGUGUCACACACCGUGAAGAAGGCGGGUGGCGUCUUUAAGAAUCUCUUCACGAAGAAAAAGAAGAGGUAA